GCUAAUAUUUUCUAGUUCGGCUGUAGAAUCUAUCUGUACAAUACUACUAUCCAUACGAUGUACUUAAGUGGUACAACUUGAUUUCAUAACCAAAAAAAAAUGUACUACGGCUUAUAACUUCAUAAAAGGGAAGUACAAACCCUUUUUUUAAUUAUUUUCAUAGUUGACCAAACAUAAUUUUAACCACCACCAAAAAUAAAAAACACAAAUUAAAAUUUCUGAUCAAAUGAUGACGAAGAAGCCAGCUCCCUUUCUACUCGUCGCGAUUGCUGUCGUCGCCAAAGCAGCAGAACCUGCCGGCGGUGAAUGGCUACCGCUACAGGAUCCAAAGGCCAAGCACGUGAAGGAUAUGGCUGAGUUCGCGGUGUCGGUUCACAACGACAAGUAUCUCAACGAUCCACUUGAUCUUUACCGCGUGGACGGCGGCGAGUACCAGAAACUCUCCGACGGCUCGACGAACUACCGGCUUCGUGUGGUCACGGUCGGCGACGAGUCGUCCCUGCACCCGUCGGGGAUUCAAAACUGGACGGCGAUCCUCCACGAGAUGCCCUCCGGCGAAGUGCAACUUGUGUCGUUUGAACAUUGAGUAAUAAUUGUAAAAUCGAAUCGGAGGCUGGACCAUAUAUAAUAAGUCUAUUUUCUAUGAUUUUGAAUCGUAGUAAACCGAAUAGCCACAUUUUCUUUUCCUCAAAGGAAGUUUCAAUUCCAAGGUGGCGCAUGGGACCUGUCCUAAUUCAAACUAGCACCCGUUAUCUAUCUCUUCCAACUCAUUAUUGUUAACUCAAAAUUACGAUUUAUCUCGAUCGUCUAUAAAAAAACACUUCUAAAAAUAUUGUAUAUUACAUAUGCAACAUUUUCGACACUUCUUCCAACACAUUUCACGUGUUGACAUAAACUGGAGGUCACAAAGUAUAAAAUAUCUUGCUGUUACUAAUAUUCUUUUACUAUUUCCUUUCUUUUUCUUCUCCCAAGCACUACAACCAUCCAUGUGGCAUCGCCACUGUACAUGCAAGUAGCUCCAAUCUUGGUUGAACGCAGAAGUUCUAACCAGCCACAUGUCAGUUUCCUAUUGGUGAGUUCAUCUUUCUACUUCAUAUUUUAAUUCUCGAUUUUUUAGAAUAAUUAAGAGCAUUAAAUAUUAAGAAAAAAGGAAGGUGAGUCCACCAAUAACAAACAGACACAUGAAUGGUUUGAGCUUCUGCGUCCGCCGUCCAACCAAUAUUGAAGCUAAGAAUUUUCCCCGAACCAUAUACAAAUUUAUGUGCAAAGCCAAAAAAAACAAAUUUAAAUUACCACACAAUAUUCAAGCAAUCAAUGUCAAGGAUUUCCCUACCUAAUAUCCACAUAGAAACUUGCCUUCAGUCCCAAAGAACAAAAUGGUAACAAAUUAAUUAACCACCAUUAUCAUUUCUCUCUAAAAUCCAUCAAUGUUCAGGAUUUUUCCUACCUAAAAUCCAUAUAGAAACUUGCCUUAAAGUCCCAAAGAACAAAAUGGUAACAAAUUA